AUAGCAAUUGGGCAUUAUGUUCGUUCCUUCCUCUAAUGUGGACAGUAAAACUCCUACAAAAUAGUUUUGGUGCAGGCUGAAAAGAGUUUCCUGUGCUGAAAAUAGAGCUGGCAGAAGCGGUGACCAUCUGAAGAAGUGGGAGCUCAUGCUCUCCCUGUGGAAAUAAUUCACCUGUAGGAAGAGCGAAGUCUUCCUGGGAGGGUGAGAGAGAGAGAGAGAGAGAGAGGCAGCGCACCUGACUCUCAUUCACCAAGAGAAGGUGAAGUGUCUGCAGUUGUGCUAUAGAUGCUCGUGCUAGCAAACUGGAACUUUCCUGGAGCUUUGUCACUCUGAAAUCUUGAGUUUGCAAUUUUUAAACUUUCAAGGCUGGAGAAGAUCUCUUUGACAAUGGCGGCAGAAGAUACUUUGUCAUCUCCUGGCUUGGAUCAGGUAGCUGGUGAGACGUUCCUGCAGGAAGCCUUCCAGAUCAUGCUUGAAGAAGGAAUUCGAAAAGGGAUGGAUACCUCUGAAAAGGUGUGUAUUUGGAAGGAACCUGAGGAACUGCAACAAAUUCUGGACCUGGAUCUAAAAGACAGUGGGGAGCCACAUGAAAAGUUGCUGGAACGCUGUCGGGAUGUUAUCAGAUACAGUGUGAAAACAUGUCAUCCACGCUUCUGCAAUCAGCUAUUUUCUGGGCUUGAUCCCCAUGCUCUGGCUGGACGGAUGAUCACAGAGAUGCUCAACACUAGCCAGUACACGUAUGAGAUUGCACCUGUCUUUGUCUUGAUGGAGGAGGUGGUGUUGAAGAAACUGCGAGAGCUGAUUGGCUGGGAAAAAGGCGAUGGAAUCUUCUGCCCCGGAGGGUCCAUCUCCAACAUGUAUGCCAUGAACGUGGCACGGUAUCACCGUUUCCCAGACUGCAAGCAGAAGGGGCAUUGGACAAUACCAAAGCUGGCAGUGUUUACAUCAGAAGAGUGCCACUACUCCAUCCAAAAGGGAGCAGCUUUCUUGGGCAUUGGCACAGAUAAUGUCUACCUUGUAGCAGUGGAUGAAAAAGGGAAAAUGAUCCCUGCUGAUCUGGAGAAACAGAUCAACGAGGCCAAAUCAGAGAGAGCAGUCCCCUUCUUUGUCAAUGCCACCUGUGGCACCACUGUCCUGGGAGCCUUUGACCCCCUGCCUGAGAUUGCAGAGGUGUGCAUGAGACACAAACUCUGGCUCCAUGUGGACGCAGCCUGGGGUGGCAGUGCUCUCCUCUCCCAAAGACACCGGCAUCUUCUGGAUGGGAUUGAGAGGGCAGAUUCGGUGGCUUGGAAUCCCCACAAAAUGCUUAUGACUGGGCUUCAGUGUUCUGCCUUCCUCCUCCGAGACAGCUCUGGCCUGCUGCAGAGAUGUCACUGUGCCCAAGCCACCUACCUCUUCCAGACAGACAAGUUCUACAACAUAGCUUUUGACAGAGGAGACCAAACAAUCCAGUGUGGACGCAAAGUAGAUUGUUUUAAGUUGUGGCUGAUGUGGAAGGCCAAUGGCAGCAAAGGCUUGGAGCAGAGAGUGGAUAGGGCUUUUGCCUACACUAGGUAUCUAGCUGAUGAGAUUAAGAAGAGAGAAGGCUUUCAGCUAGUGAUAGAGCCAGAGUUCAUUAAUCUCUGUUUUUGGUACGUACCUCCCAGUCUACGAGGGCAAGAAGGCUGUGCCGAUUACUGGCUGAAACUGGGGAAGGUAGCUCCACUGAUCAAGGAGCAGAUGAUGAAGAAAGGAUCCAUGAUGGUGGGCUACCAGCCACACGGCAAAAGGGCGAACUUCUUCCGCCAGGUGGUCACCAAUCCGGCAGUCACCAGAGAGGAUCUGGAUUUCUUCCUUGAUGAAAUUGAGAGGCUUGGCAGAGACCUGUAGAUGGUGUUUGCACGUUGUGUUUAGCUGUACAACGCAGAUUGGAACAAUUAAGCAUUUUAUUCAAAAGCAAGACAACAUAUUACUUUCAAUCACUGCACACCAACCAUGCACAGGGGCCAUGAGCAGGUACCACUAGUGUGGUGUGUUUGCUGCUGCUCAACCAUUCUACAGACAAAUGCGUUGUGAAGAUGUAACAGUAGUCUGUGUGCCCUGCUACCCAUACUUUUUCACUGAAAUCCAUUUCUGUAAUGGUGGGCUGUUUCCAGAAUUAAGGCAAAUGUAUGCUUCAAUUUCUCCACUGCUUUCUGCCAAAAAACAAGGAAAGCUUAGGACUAUCAAAUGUGGGCUCCAAAAUCCAACAGUCCCUAGAUAGCAGCAAAUAGAUAGAGAAAACUCCAUCUCUUUGCUGCCAUCUAGUGGUUUGGAAUUUGGCAGCUCAGAAUGGAGAACUGUAACUUCCUAGUGAUUAUUAAUUCUGGCUUCACCUCGGCUCUGUCUGAAUCAACAUAAUGCUUUUCCAUGGGCAUCUGGUAUACCUUUCAGUAGCCCUUCUCUUCUUGAAAAGGAGCAGCUUGAGAAUGAGAAAUGACUGAUGCUGUUUUAAGGGGUUAGCAGAGCAAGAAUACAGCGUCUCAGCCUCUCGAGCCCUGCUUUGAUUAUGCGCCGGCACGUCGUGUCGACUCUUAAUGACCACAUAAAUAGAUUUUCUCCAUGAUGAUCUGUCCCUAACCUGAUCUUUCAGGUUUUCCAACAGUACAUCCCCCAGUUCCUGCUGUGUUGCCUCAUCGUGGCUGGGGGUGUUCCUGGGAGGGAUGAGCAAAGAACAUUGGGAGUGCGUGCCAAGAGUAUAUAUUCCCAGCAGGGUCACCCAAGGUGUGACGGUGCAGGCACCUAUGUUGGGCAGCGACAGUAUAGGAAGAUGCUGGAGGCAGAAGACUGCUUUAGUGACAGCAGCAAAGGCAUCAUUUCAUACUGUGCGGGAAAAGGCAACGGUAAACCACUCCUGUAUGUUUACCAAGAAAACCAAAUGGACAAGCCCUGCUUUAGAAGACCAAAAAUGAACAGUUCUACUUUUUGGACAAAUUUAGAGGAAACUAACUUUUCCUUCUAUUUUUCAAGUAAGGUUUAAUUAAAAUCUAUUCUACAUCCUUCUCUCUCUCUUUGUGCUUUUGGGUCAGUGUUGACUCCUGGUGACUGGACAAGUCCCUGCAGUUUUCU